GGAGAAGUGUGGAGGCUAACCCCCGCCCCCCCUCCUCCAGCUAUUUGCCAGCCAGCUCCGUCUCCAGGCAGCCAGCCGCUCGCCGUCCUGCUGCUGCGCGGUCUCCCGUCUUCUCCCUCCGAGCUGCGGCGUCGUUGUUUUUUAUACCCCGCCUGCGGAACGUCUCGCCUGCAGUCCGGCCGCGUCUCUUAUUUUGGGGGGAAAUUGUUUGUUGUGAGAUUUGUUCUCCAACUGUCCUUCGAGACAUAUGGAGAAAAUGUCCAGACCUGCUCCUAUAAACCCAACUUUCCUGCCGCCGACUCACGGCGUGCUGAAGUCUCUGCUGGAGAAUCCGCUAAAGCUGCCUUUCCAUCACGAUGAAGCCAUGAGACGACGGCGAUAUUCUUCUGCUGUGAGACUUGACUUUGUGCAAACAUUCACAGGAUUUGGGAAAGACCAGGAGAAAGAGAAGAAGCUGGAGGAUGAGAGCAGCGCAGGCAACCACCCACAGUCGGCCUUCCUCGGGCCGACCCUGUGGGACAAGACGCUGCCCUACGAUGGGGACAACUUUCAGCUGGAGUACAUGGACCUGGAGGAGUUCCUGUCGGAGAACGGCAUCCCCGCCAACACAGCCCACGGCGAGCAGGCCUCGCGGGCAGCACGGCCCGCUCAGGCAUCGCCGCCCGCACCACCCGCCACUCCUUCACCCACUGUGGUGGACCUCAGCAGCCGCGCCACCACCUCGGUUCACACAGGCAUGGCACCACAGACCUGCCUCCGCAGCCCCCCCACAGCAGCCCGGGACACCCCCAGCCCCAUCGACCCAGAGUCCAUCCAGGUGCCCAUGGCCUACGAGCCUGACCCGCAAGACCUGGCUCUGUCCAGCGUGCCCGGGCAGGAGAUGUUUGACCCCCGGAAGCGCAAAUUCUCCGCCGAGGAGCUGAAGCCGCAGCCCAUGAUCAAGAAAGCCCGCAAGAUCUUCAUCCCCGAAGAUCUGAAGGACGAUCGGUACUGGGCCCGGCGCAGAAAGAACAACGUGGCGGCCAAGAGGUCACGGGAUGCACGGCGGCUGAAGGAGAACCAGAUCGCCAUCCGGGCCAGCUUCCUGGAGAAGGAGAACCACGCUCUCCGCAUGGAGGUAUCAGAGAUUAGGAAGGAGCUGGGCCGCUGCAAGAACAUUGUGGCUAAAUACGAGGCGCGACACGGGCCCCUGUGAGCCCCUCCCCCCCACAAAAAAACCCAACACCCACUUCACUCCCCUGACCCAC